AUGCCUCCAGGCCGGCAGAAUGAGACUUCACGUUCGGACUCGCCCGUCUCGAGUGUACAUUCUCACGACGAGUCCAUCUCGGCAAAUGGAGAUCAUGUUUUAUAUGCAGAUGGGCUUCGACUGACAUAUCACCCACCGGCACCACAACCCCAGAGGCCCUCUCCCGAGGUCACAGAGAAAAGCAACCAAAGAAAGCUCUUCGGACGAUCUAUAUGGACGCUGAACUCGGCCUGGUAUGUCUGGGAAGUCCUCGCGGUGAUCGUAUCCGCUGCUACGCUCAUCGCUAUCAUCGUCAUCCUCGCCAAGUUUGACCAGCAGCCGCAACCGACCUGGAGACACGUAUCCCUAAACUCAGUCAUCGCCUGGCUGAGCACGAUCUCCAAGGGAUGCGUUUUGUACGCCAUCAGCGAGGCCCUGGGCCAGCUGAAGUGGGUGUGGUUCGCGCAGGGGACACGACCCAUGCCGAAUCUCCGGGCGUUCGAUUCGGCUAGUCGGGGGUUCUAUGGAAGUGGGGAGUUGAUAUGGAUGUUGCGGUGUCGCCACUUCGCAGUUUGGGGUAGUUUGGCUGUGAUUCUAGCGUUGGCGUUUGAUCCCUUCACGCAGAAUCUCAUUCAUUAUUUCCCGAAUUCAGUCGUAGACCCUUCUCAACGAGCCUUCCUGGCCAAUAGUACAUACUACAACACCACCGGACCCCCAUUACAGAACUAUGCCAUCGUCUGGGUCGACCCAUCCGUCAAAGCCAACGUAUAUAACUCGCUCUUCAACAACGACCAGUCCAAACCCUGGGCCACCCCAAAGCACAUCUGCAACACGAGCAACUGCACCUGGGGCCCAACAGCCGCCAUCGAAGUCCGCGCGCGUUGCUCAAACGUCACAGACCAACUCCACACAACCUGCUUCACCGUCACGAACAAUCCGUCCGGAUACGACGGAACAACCAACUGCACAGCAACCCUACCACUAGCAAACACAACAGCAUGGUUCCUAUCCGGCAUGGACGUCCUCCAACCCUUAUCCAUUGCCACCGUGCACGCAACCACCGCACUCGUCUACAAAAACGCCACUCUGCCCCCAAUCCAAAUGGUCGCCCCGACCAAUCUCUCCCGACACACCAUGUUCACCGAAAACACCACAACAUGGCACGCAACGGAAUGUUCCAUCCAGCCGAUCGUCCACAGCUUCAACGCCACCGUCACCAACAACAUCUACUCGGAGACCACCCUCGCAACAUGGGAGAAAGGCUGGGCGACCUGGGACACCGACCUCAACAUAUCCGCAUCGGAGCUCCAGAAAAUCCCAACGGGAAUGUACUUCUCCCCUCCCUGGGACCGCGACCAAGGCGUCACCCCAAACACCAGCUUCAUGGUCUCCGGCCUCGCAGCUUCCUCCCUCGAUACCUUCUUCCAGGGCCUGUUCACGGGGGUCUGGUUCAUGCGGUCCAUCUAUAGUUCUUCAUUUAUACCGGGCCCGUUGAAUAUGUAUGCCGCCCCGGAUUUUAUCCAGACGAUGGCAAUGGGGAAUAUCACCGGUUGUGAUGAGGGGCGGAGGGAUAAGUUGCAAUGCGCGAUGGAGAACGUGGCCGCGGCGGUGACGAAGUCGUUCCGGGAUUCGGUGUUUCUUCGCACGGAUUCCGACGACCCCGUGAGAGCGCGUAUGGCGGCCGGAAAGGCUAUGGCGAGUAUGACUUACGUUGAGGUACGGUGGCAGUGGAUUGUGCUUCCGGGUGUGGUGUGGGUGUUGGGUGCGGUGACGUUGGGUGGGUCGAUGUGGAAGAGUCGGGGCAGGGCUCCGAAAUGGAGGAAUGAUCCUAUUCCCUUGUUAUUUUUGUUUCGGGGUCGGGGAGAUGGGAUUGGUGUGUCUGAGAAGGAGGCGGAGGACAAGGCGGAGGGUUUGCGGGUGAAAUUGUAUGAGAGUCAUGGUCGGAUGGCAUUGGGAUGA